CGAUAAGUGCUAGCAGAAAAUGGUUUCAACUUUCAGCGUGCUCCAUACCGUUAGUGCAGCAUUAAUUGUGUUCCUCCCGUCCACGGAAGCCUUGAGCGCUUUCCUGAACGUUGCCAUACACAACAGUGGAUUUCAUCGUGAUAUUCAUUACGGCCUUCGGUUUGGUGGCAUUGGCCGGAUGUCAUGCGAGCUAUUACUCGUACAGCAACUGCCGGCCGCGAUCUACGUCAACACGGAUCAGCUGGUCGAUAUGAAGCGGUUUCACAAAAUCAAUAGCUACGUGCCUUUGUACGUCGAUGUGGAAAAACCGGCCAGCAAAGCGGACCCAUUCACCGUGUACUUGUACGAAUCAGUGCGGCGAGAAAUCAACAUUACACUACCGAUCCAUUUCCGUUAUCACGAUCCGUCCGGGCGCAAGUUCGAGCGGAUUCAAGUGGAAAGUCCCACACUGUAUGUGAGGUGCAGCAAUGUACAGGCAACCAAAUAUCCGCUGCGAACGGUGGGGAAAGCGAAUCUGCCUUGUUCGGAUAGUGCGGAAAUUGAAGACUACGAUAAGCUGCAUCUGGCGGAGCUGUGCGAGUGGGAUGAAAUGGAAUUCAAUAACCUUCCGACGGUGAUAAGUGUCCUGAUUCCGGUUGGAAACAGUGCAUCGUACAGUUUCGUGUUACCGGCCACCAUCAUUGUCAGUUGGAUCGGUAGUAUGUAUCUGAUAUACGUGAUACUGAAGGUGGGCCGUAAGGUGAACAAAAAGUUGCUAUGA